UCCCCCCUUUAAAAGCAUUGAUGAAUUAAUUAGAACUUUAAACAACAAAGAAAAAUUGAAAAAAAAAAAACAGUAAAAGAGAAUUUGAUGUUCAAAACAAACUACAACGAGACAAGACUACUUUUCUGUUUACCUUCUAAGAACUAAUAUAAUUGCUACCUUAAAAAGAAAAACAUGAACAGCACAUGUAUUGAAGAACAGCAUGACCUGGAUCACUAUUUGUUUCCUAUUGUUUACAUCUUUGUGAUUAUAGUCAGCAUUCCGGCCAAUAUUGGAUCUCUAUGUGUGUCUUUCCUGCAAGCAAAGAAGGAAAGUGAACUAGGAAUUUACCUCUUCAGUUUGUCACUGUCAGAUUUGCUCUAUGCAUUAACUCUCCCUUUAUGGAUUGAUUAUACUUGGAAUCAAGACAACUGGACUUUCUCUCCUGCCUUGUGCAAAGGAAGUGCUUUCUUCACGUACAUGAACUUCUACAGCAGCACAGCCUUCCUCGCCUGCAUUGCCGUUGAUCGGUAUUUGGCUGUUGUCUACCCUUUGAAGUUUUUUUUCCUAAGGACAAGAAGAUUUGCACUCAUGGUCAGCCUUUCCAUCUGGGUAUUGGAAACCAUCUUCAAUGCUGUCAUGUUGUGGGAAGAUGAAACAAGUGUUGAAUAUUGCGAUGCCAAAAAGUCUAAUUUUACUUUAUGCUAUGACAAAUACCCUUUAGAGAAAUGGCAAAUCAACCUCAACUUGUUCAGGACGUGUACAGGCUAUGCAAUACCUUUGGUCACCAUCCUGAUCUGCAACCAGAAAGUCUACCAAGCUGUGCGGCACAAUAAAGCCACAGAAAACAAGGAAAAGAAGAGAAUCAUAAAACUACUUGUCAGCAUCACAGUGACUUUUGUCUUAUGCUUUACUCCCUUUCAUGUGAUGUUGCUGAUUCGCUGCAUUUUAGAGCAUGAUGUGAAUUUCAAUGACCACAGCAAGUCUGGGAAGCAGACUUACACGAUGUAUAGAAUCACGGUCGCAUUAACAAGUUUAAAUUGUGUUGCUGAUCCAAUUCUGUACUGCUUUGUAACUGAAACAGGACGAUACGAUAUGUGGAAUAUAUUAAAAUUCUGUACUGGGAGGUGUAAUACAUCACAAAGACAAAGAAAAUGCAUACUUUCUGGGUCUACAAAAGAUACUUUGGAAUUAGAGGUCCUGGAAUAGAAGAACCAAGGAUCUUUUGAAGAAAGGGAGGUUUAAGGUAUACAUUAUUAUAUGAUCAAGUCACAUUUUGAAAAGGAAAUCUAGCAUGAGAAGGGACGAAGGGUUCUCAGAGUGAUAUUUUAAUCCUGUCCAAUAAAAUAUCUUAAAAGUGCAUUGUACAGCUCCCUCCCUGAGUUGUAUCAAAUGAGGUAUAUUAAACAAAGUUCAAAAGUUU